CCAAAACCAACCUCAAAAACACUCUUCAAAAAUCACUAUAUAAACCCCACUAUCAUGCCUCAAGGUCACUACUAUCUUUCACUCUAUUCAAUAUCACUUAAUUUCUUAAUAUCAAUGGGUAAGUUCAAGAUAGCAUGUGUUGUUAUGAUGUGCAUGACAUUGUGGUAUGCACAAAAUGGUGGUGCAAUUUCAUGUGGACAAGUUUCCAAUAGUCUUGCGCCAUGCAUUCGUUAUCUUCAGAACGGUGGUGCUGUUUCGCCGAGUUGUUGCUAUGGCGUUAAAGGGUUGGUUAACGCAGCUAGGACUGUUGCUGACCGCCGUGCGACUUGUGGUUGCUUGAAAUCGGCUGCGGCUGCUUUGAAAGGACUCAAUGUGGGAUAUGCUGCUGCACUCCCUGGCAAAUGUGGGACUAGUAUCCCUUACGAGAUCAGUCCUUCCAUCAACUGUGCUAGUAUCAACUGAAGUGAAGCAUUAUGAAUGAUGAAUGUCCUAUGGAUAAUAAUAUAUGGUAUUGCUAUCAGCUAAUGUGAAAGAGAAUAAAAAGAGAAGAAAAUAAUAUAUGGUAUUGCUAUCAGCUAGUGUGAAAGAGAAUAAAAAGAGAAAAUAGAUCUAUGUUUAUGAUAGAGCUAGUUUUCUCUUUUAUUUAAAACUAUUACUUAGUUUUAAGAUGCUUAUUAUAUAUAUGUUCUUUAAUAUAAGUUCUUGUUUGUUCUGUGUUUAAUUAUGUAACGUUUUUAAAAUAAUAAAUAAUAUAUGUGGUUAUUGUUAUACAUUAAAAA